GCAAGUGAGACGAAAACAGAGGGCAUGGAGACCAGACUGAGAGCCAGUGAGAGGACAGUGGAGGAGCAGAGAGCUGUUAUUAAGGAGCUGAAGGAGAAACAGGAGGAGCAAGCAGCAGCUGUGAGAGCUGUAGGAGGCAGUGUGAACCUCACGGGGAGCCAGGUGCAGGAGCUGAGAUGGGAGAUAGAAGAGAGGAAGGUGUCUUUCUCUGCCUCACUGGUAGCAUCUGGAGAUGUAAAUACAGGACCCUAUAACGCAGCAGCUCCCCUGGUCUACAAACACAUCUUCAUCAACAUUGGGAAUGCUUACAACCCAAAUACAGGGGUCUUCACAGCUCCAGUCAGAGGGGUCUACCACUUUAAUGUCUUUGUGUUUGGGAAUGGCCAUGGAUCAAGAGCUUCCGGAGUCUCUCUCCAUAAAAAUGGCGAACAUAUUGUCCUUGCCUACACUGACCAGAACACCAUUCACAUGGCAGCCUCCAAUGGGGCUUCUCUUCUGUUGGAGGUGGGGGAUGUGGUCAACCUGAAGCUGUGGCCCAAUGCAUGGGUGAGAGACACUUAUAACCACCACACCACCUUCUCUGGCCACCUGCUCUUCCCCAUGUGAGGGAAGCACUAUACUGAUGUAGAAGUUAUGUUGGGUGUGGAGUGACGCUAGCAGUGAGAAACACAGACAGAAUGGAACACACUCCUCUCCUGGUUUCCUACAUGGUCACUGGGUGGGUCUGGGAAAGACUUUUAGUGUGACAUGAAGUCAGAGUUAGUUCUCUUUGGUUACUGAAUCUGUGCUUACUGUCUGCUCUUAGUUAAACUCUUGUUUUGGUUGGUUAAUUAGAUUACAGGAUUGAAUGGUCUGUACGUAUUCUGCGGAAUCAGGUAUUUUGAAUUGUUAUCUUCUGAUUGUUUUCCUGGAUGUUAAAGGACUUUUAUACACUGGUAUGAUGUGAACAUGCAUUUGCAGGCACUAGUUAUGAAACUUUCCUCCAAAGGUAAAGGUAAUUCUCCUUGAAUGCUUAUUGUUUGAUGACAUGUUAAUAUACCUUUACCUACUGUUAGUAUGUCAGUGUGGAACUGAAAACAUUAGUAAUGAAAUGUGCUUUGUCAGGCUGUCUUUGUAAAUCCAUCUAUUACAAAAUAAAAUACUUCUUCAAA